CUUGAAUACAAUUUCUAUAUCAACCAUCUUUUCCUCUCUUAGCAUCCCAAGCUCUUGCCUUUUUCGAGUACUUCUUGUUCUUAGUUUCUGUUUCUUCCAGGGUUCUCUUUAUUCCAAUAUUUACUCGGUACUCAGCCUCUAAGCAUCAUUUUGAUUUCUUCUCCACUUCUUUUCCAUAACUAUUCAUGUUCUUGAAAUUCAGUUCAUGCUCCUUCAUGGGUUUUCCUGAUUCCCUUGAGAAAGAUUUACACACCAUGGAGUGCAACUUCUUGCCUCGGCCGACCUUGGAAAUUCAAGAUGUAUCUCAAGUUACUCCAUCAGUUGAGGUUAAUGAAGAAGUUCCUCAAAAGAAUCAAAGAGUUGCUGAAUUCUAUCAGGACGAAAAACAAGGGAAAGAAGAUAGAAGUGGAGACAUAGUUUCUUCUUUGGAGGUGAGAUUGCCAGAGGUAAGACAAGUACUAACGGUGGAUGAAGAAGGAGAAGGAGAAGAAGGCUGCACAACUCCAACAUCAGCGGAUCAUAAAAUCCCACAAGUUUGCCCCCCGGCUCCAAGAAAGCCCAAGUCUCUUCCAUCAUCUACUAACCAAAAAGCUUCUCGCAGAAGGGUUUUACUUGAUCUGUCAAAUGAAAUCGAAUCACUUUUUCCUCCAGCCCUACUUGCAGAUUUCGGGAAGAAGAUCAAGAAAGUCAGGAAAGAAAUUUAAAGGUGUCACUAUAUAUGAGAUUCAUUGAUUAACCAAGGCAAGAUGCUGAGCUACUGAUCAGCUAAGAAACUUGUGUUGAAUUGAGAGAGGAAUGAGUGUUCCACUUACAGCUGAUUCAUGUAUUAAACUGUUAAUCUGUUGACAACAAUUUCCUAGCUAAAAAUAUAUGCUAACAAAUUCAUCUCAUUUUAA